AUGCUGCAGAAUGGUGCAUUGUUUCUGCACCCUGGCUACCCACAGGCCAUAGACCUGGCCUUGCUGAAGGUGAAACAGGAGCUGCUGCUUGGAGAAGAGGUGAUGCCCAUCUGUCUGUCCCAGAAGGACUAUGCGCACUCAGGGCAGGUGGGCUACAUCUCAGCCUGGAGCUGCAGUGCUGCCUUUGGCUUUCCUGACAUGCUGAAGUAUGUGACGCUGCCAGCGGCUGAGAAUGAGCAGUGCUAGGAAUACUACAGUACCUGGAAUACGUCCUGGGUCCAGCCCCUUCUUGACAAUGGCACCUUCUGUGUGGGCAUGAGUGAGCUGAGGCAGGACACCUGCUGUGGGGAUGCAGGUGGAGCCUUUGCCGUGCAGCGUCCUGAUGACAACACUUAAUAUGCAGCUGGUAUCAUCAGCUACGACAAGACCUGCAUAGCUGCGAAGUAUGGCGUGGAUGUGGACAUGAAGCAUGGCCUGGCCUGGGUGAAGGAGACAGUAGCAGAUGGCUGAGGCAAAACUGUGAGGGAAUAAACUGUUUCGUACCAGGCUACCAGCUUUGUGUCUGUCUGUCCCUGCAAGCUCUCUGUGUGUCUGUCCAUGCAGCGUCUCUGUGCCCGGCGCUGCAUGGGCCUAUUGACUGGGGGUUGGCGUGUGCCUGCCCUCGCUCCCCGGCAGCGUCCUGCAGGGCUUCGGCGGCCGUUGGCUGGAGGAUCUGGGGCUGCAGGGACUCUGACUGAGUCUCGCCCCUGCACGGUGUGGGGUGUGCUUGGAACUAUCCCCGCGCACGGCACUGUCAUCGUGGGUGUCCCCGCCCCGCGGGUGUUUGUUUGUUUCCCCACACGGCGCUGGCCCCGCGG